UCCCAUAAUACUGUAUUGUUUGAAGAGAAAGAAAAUUGAACUCCUCCUAGGUUGUUACCAUAGUCUAGAAAAAAAAUUGAUGGGAAAUUGCCUCCACUAUGAGUACUACACAUGCAAUUUCAAGCAAUUUUUGCUGAUCUUAUUUUUGUAAUUAUUGCUCCUUUACAGAUAGAUAAUACCAUAAAUAGAUAUUAGAUUCGGACAGAUUAGAGAAAAGAACAUGCUCUUUACUCCUCUGCUUCCUAGGCCUUUCCUUCUAUCAAAUUCAAACCACUCCAAUUUCCUAAGACCUUCACACAGUUUGGGCUAUAAGCAGCAACCUCAUCCUCUUGUUAUACUUCAAAUUCAUUCUCUUCAAACAUCUUGAUCAUUUCAAAGGACUAAAAUUUUCCACCUCUAUCAUUGCAUAGAAGAAAACUCUGCUUUUGAUCCUGUUUUAACUAGUUACUAGUGUUUGAACUUGAAGGGGUUUGAAUUGAAGAUAUGGGUUUGAGUUCUAAGCAGGUUUCUAAUAGAGGGCUUGAUUGGAAUCAAACCUUGCUUCAAGAUCAAGACUUGGAGCUUCCAAACCCUCUUCCUAUGAGGAAACAACAACCAAAACAACAGCAACAAUCUCAGCAAUCAGAGGCUUUGAAGUGUCCAAGAUGUGAUUCAACAAAUACCAAGUUUUGUUACUACAACAAUUACAACAAGUCUCAGCCUCGCCAUUACUGCAGAGCUUGUAAGAGGCACUGGACUAAAGGUGGAACUCUACGCAAUGUUCCUGUUGGUGGUGUCAGGAAGAACAAGAAGAUCAAGAAAUCAACAACUUCUCCAUCCUCUGGCACCACCACCACUUCUAUUAGCACCACCACCACCUCUAAUGGCAAAAAUGAUGUUGAUUUCAACGCUCCUCUUGCAGUCACUGAUCAGAAAAGCAUACCUUCUUCUCUCUAUCAACCUCUGAUGCAACAGGAUCUGAUGAGUACCAGAGUCGACUCUGAAUGUGAAGACUUGGGUAUUGGUAAUGUGUCAACCCCUAUGAGAUCAUCCAAUGUGUAUAACUAUGGUGAAGAAUUUAAAUUAAUGGAGGAGCCAACCAUCAACACUGGUGAUAAUAACACACAGGCAUGGGAGAUACCUGCUGCAACAAGUACUACUAACAUGGAAAUGCCAAACUAUUGGAGUUGGGAGGAUAUUGAUUCUUUAGUCUCAACUGAUCUGAAUGUUCCUUGGGAUGAUUCUGAUGUUGUCAAACCCUGAGAAAAAAAAGCACAUGACAUAAUGGUGGUGUGCAUAGAUUAAUAGUUAUUUAAUUGGGGGUGUUUUUGUGUUUCAUAAUACAGAUUAGUAAGAGAGUUUUCUUGUUUUGAGAUGAAAAUUUUCAUGUGGCUGUUUUUCUGCUCCUGUAAUUCUUACAAGGAGCAGUGUGUGUUUGGAGCUGUCUUAUUUUAGUUUCAGCUUCAGAUUCAAGCAUUAACUGUGUUGGCAUGUUCUUCAGCUCUCUGUCAUUUUCUCUAAUAAAAUUGUAUAAUGAUUAAUGUAUAUGCAAGCAUUAUUGUUUUCUA